CCCCGCCGCCCCUCUGCAGGUGUCACUUCCGGCCGCCACCCCACAGCCGCCAGGAUGAUCCCGCCGGUGCAGGUCUCGCCGCUCAUCAAGUUUACGCGGUACUCGGCCCUGCUGGUGGGGAUGAUUUACGGCAAGAAGCGAUACGACUACCUAAAACCUAUUGCUGAAGAAGAGAGAAGAAUAGAGGCUGAAGAGAAAAAGAAACGUGAAGAACUUGAGCGGAUUGCAAAAGAGCUUGCAGAAGCAAGUGAAGAGUCUAUAUUGAAAUGAACAAAAGAUUGGAUCUUUAUUUCACACAUGGAGAUACAUGGCUAGGCUCUGAAUUGUUCAGUGGUUGGUGGACUCUGCAUGCUAUGCUAUCAAUAAAGUAUUUGCAACACUUCA